AUGGGUACUGUUAUGGUCAUGAGUACGGUCAUGGGUAUGGUUACGGUCAUGGGUAUGGUUACGAACAUGGGUACGGUUACGGUCAUGGGUACGAUUAUGGGUAUGGUUACGGACAUGGGGUAUGGUUACGGUCAUGGGUACGGUUUUGGGUAUGGUUACGGACAUGGGUACGGUUAUGGUCAUGAGUACGGUCAUGGAUACGGUUACGGUCAUGGGUAUGGUUAUGAGUAUGGUUACGGACAUGGGUACGGUUACGGAUAUGGGUACGGUUAUGGGUAUGGGUACGGUCAUAGGUACGGUUACUGUCAUGCAUACGGUUACGGACAUGGGUACGGUUAUGGGUACGGUUACGGACAUGCAUACGGUUACGGUCAUGGGUACGGUUAUGGGUACGGUUACGGACAUGUAUACGGUUACGGUCAUGGGUACGGUUAUGGGUAUGGUUACGGUCAUGGGUACGGUCAUGGUGGAUUUCAUCACUGGGGCGGUAUAAUGCCAAUGUAUGGGUACUAUGGUGCAAUGGGAAUGUCUUGA